AUGGCUUCGGCACCGACGGACUGGCAGCUUGAAUGUACUGAAUUGAAGCAACGGGGGGCCUACCUUCUUCAAACAGGCCAGUGGUCUGAUUGCACUUUCUUGGUAGGAAACGAGCCCAACCAAGUGGUUGUGGUCGGUCAUAAGCUCAUCCUAGCGAUGGCAUCCCCUGUGUUCGAAGCUAUGUUUUACGGUGGGAUGGCUGAACGAAAUGAACCAAUACCAAUCGUAGACGUCCAAAUAGAUGCCUUUAAAGCUCUCUUAGAAUACAUUUACACAGGCAAUAUAAACAUUAGUUCCUUCGAUAAAGCCUGCGAGUUAUGUUACGGCGCCAAGAAGUAUAUGCUGCCACAUCUGGUUAAAGAAUGCACCAGAUAUUUAUGGUCCGACCUGUACCCUAGAAAUGCAUGUAGGGCUUAUGAAUUUGCGAGGCUGUUCGAAGAGAAUGUGCUCAUGGAAAAAUGUAUUCAGAUUAUUAGCACCAACACUAAAGAGGUCCUAAAUGACAGUAGUUUUGAGGAGGUGGAGCUCAAUACAGUCAUUACUGUGUUCUCUUUAGACCAUCUCAAUGUGGACAGUGAACUAGAUCUGUUUGAAGCUGCUGUAAGAUAUGCAAAAGCAAUGGAAAAAAGGAAUGUUGAAAACAGCCCCCCAGCGGAUGGAGCAUCUGCAAGUGAGAAUCGUGCAAAGAGUCCCGUCCCUUCAACAUCUCAGGAGGAAGAACAGGUAGUGAAUAUUGAUAGUAGUGCUGAAAGUAGCCCCGAAGCAAUUAUGGACACUUGCAAGUCUAAUGAUGCUGAGACAGCUGCUCCGACACAAACAAAACAUUUAGACAAGCUGGGAGAUAAGAAGGAAAGGCCGUCAAUUCGUCGUGCUGUGGAGAAGAUUCGUUUCUUGACUCUGUCUCCACAGCAGUUUGCAGCCGGUCCAGCUCGCUCGGUGCUGCUCAGUGAGAGUGAAGCGUUUGCCGUCCUCAUGCACAUAUUGAAUGCCCACACUGAUGUAGCGUUGCCUGAAGGCUUCUCCACUUCCAGGGUGCCGAGGAAACAGCUCAUCAGUUCCAAUUGUAAUAUGCCUACGUUCACGGUGGACACUCCGAGCCCAGUGAGUGUGGAGCAAGUAUGGGGCGAGCUGCAUCCCAGACCAUCCCGACACGAUGGAGUAAAGUUACCUCUUUCUAUCCACAACCCCGUGUCCGGUAUGGUCGUGUUGGAGCACUUGGAGCGUCACAGCGACGGUCACAAGAUGUACUGCCAGAGGGCGCUGGUGCAGCACACGGACUGUCUUAACACUAACUCGCUGGACUGCUCCGUCACAUUCAUGGUCGACAAGAACAUUUGUCUUCUGGGAAUUCAGGCGCCGACCCAGGCUCCCAGCGAGGAGUCGGGUGGAUAUGUCUGUGGUGGUGGAGGGUACUCCGAACUGCUGUACGCUCACCUUCUGGACGCUGACGGAGCGAGGCUCACAUACACACACUACACACACCGGGUGCCUUACAGACAUCUGCAGGACAUUAUGUUCAACAGACCUGUCUACAUACAGAAGAAUAAGGUCUACAAGGUAGCGAUAGUGUUCAACAAGGUGGGCUGGUACCCGAUUGGUCUGUGUGCACAACAGGUGACCGCUGAGGGGGUCUCCUUCAACUUCGGCAUCGGACACAACUGUGACACCAUCAGAGAUGGACUCAUUAGAUCCAUCAUAUUCACAUACUAG